AUGGAUUCUCUAUCAGAUAGCUCAACUUCUUCAUACCAUGGUAAAAGACCAAGAUCUUUAAGUGACGAUUCUCAAGUUUCUUCUAAUAUGGAUGAUAAUUUUCACAAAUCUUUAACACCGGAGAAGUCCAAAGGAAAUGCUCAAAAUACUCCUAGUGUUUUUGAACAAAAAGAAAUCAUUGGAGAUUUGGUAAAUAACCAACCAGAUUUGGAGGAAGGCCGCACAGAUUUCUAUAUACUUUCUUACAGUUGGUAUGAGAUGCUCUGCUCUUACUUGUCCGAAGAGGGACCAUUUCCUGGAGAAGUUGAUCAAGAGGAUAUUAUGAAUUUUGAGGAUGGUUCCUUGAAAAGCAAUCUGCAAGAAGAAAUCGACUACAUAAUUAUUUCAAAGGCAUUGUGGGAUGCCCUCACUGAAUGGUACGGUUUAAAAGGCAACGAAUUUCCUAGAGAAACCGUUGAUCUCGGCUCUGAAUAUUCUCCUCAUCUUGUGGUCGAAGUUUAUCCUCCCAGCUUUUCAUUGACUUCAUUGAGCUUACAAAGCGAUCCUUAUGAAACCCAUAAGCCGUUAAAAAUUACACUUUCUUCAAAAAGUACAUUAGAUGAUCUUUUUGAAGGAGUGAAGUAUACUUUGUCUAUUUCUGGUGAUAACUUUAGACUUUGGAGAGUUGACACAGAACUGCCUCUACAACGAACCAUUGAUCCUUCCUCUUUUAUAAAGAUCAGCUCGAAAGAUGUAGUGGAAUCAUUGGACAAGGAAAAGACAUUGGUGGAGUCUGGGAUGGACAGUAGUUGUACACUAGUUGUUGAAUGUAUGCACAAUGAAACAUGGCCCGUCGAUCGUGCCCUAAGACUUCAAUUUUUGAUUCGUCAAAGAGACCAGCAAUCAAGUACGUCCGUAGAAACCCGAGAAAAUAAGGUGCUCGGUACCUGCGGCUUAAACAACUUGGGAAAUACUUGCUACAUGAAUUCUGCGUUGCAAUGUCUCACACAUGUUCGUGAACUUCGUGACUUUUUCGUUUCGGAUGAAUGGAAGGAUCAGGUGAAUGAAUCAAAUCCGUUAGGCAUGAGCGGCCAGGUUGCUGGCGCAUUCGCAUCCUUAAUUAAGUCCCUAUAUAGUCCUGAUCAUACUUCAUUUGCUCCACGACAAUUUAAGGCGAUUAUUGGUCGGUUUAAUCACUCGUUCUUAGGAUAUGGUCAACAAGAUUCUCAAGAAUUCUUAGCUUUUUUGUUGGAUGGCUUACAUGAAGACUUGAAUCGUAUAUACCAAAAGCCAUAUACCUCCAAGCCUGAUCUAUAUGAGCUAAAAGAAGAAAAGAUCCGAGAUACCGCAAAUGAAUGUUGGAGAUUGCAUAAGCUUAGGAACGAUUCAAUUAUCGUCGACCUGUUUCAAGGAAUGUACAGAAGUACUUUGGUUUGUCCUGAGUGCAAGACUGUUUCCAUUACUUUUGAUCCAUUCAUGGAUUUGACUCUUCCUUUACCCGUACAACAGUUCUGGUCUCACCCUGUUGUUUUUAUUCCAUGUGAUACCACUCGCCGUCCGAUCACCAUCGAGGUCGUUCUCGAAAACAGAUCUGCUACAAUUGGAGAUCUCGUGAAAUAUGUCGCUUCGAAGGUAGGUUGUGAUGAUUAUAGGAAAAUAUUUGUAACCGAAACUUACAGAGGAAGGUUCUAUAGAUUCCUAACGUCUCUCACGAAAUCUCUAUUAAUGGAAAUUUCCGAAGAGGAUGAAAUAUAUCUAUACGAAUUGGAAAAGCCUGUAAAUGAAGCGUCGGAUGAUAUUGUAAUCCCGGUUUAUCACACGAUCAGUCCUUCGACUAAUUCGUCAAGUAGCUAUCUCGACAAUCAUGACUUUGGCUAUCCAUUCAUUCUUCAAUUGAAGAACGAAGAAGUUGGUGAUGCUAGAGAGAUUGAGAAAAAACUCAAAACUAAGUAUAGUCAAUUUACAACUCUUAAUACCUUGAAGGAUGCCGAAUGUCUAGAAUCUUUACAUGGCGAUAUGGAUAAGGAUCUUACAUCUAAUGAAGAUGUUAAUCAUAACGAAACAAAAACACCGUUGUUUUAUACUAAGGUAUUUCAUGAUCGUUAUGAACGGAUACCGACGGGUUGGAAUAUGCAUUCGACGAGUCUCUCUCUGCUCACAGAAAGGGAUGUGGAAUCUUUACAAGCCACAGUAGAGCCAUCCACUAAUGUUGAUUAUUUUGAUGGUGAUGAAGAUGAUAGCCAGGCCGUCGAGGAAACCGCUCCUGGUUCGUAUCCUGACCCUCCAAAACUUGAGGAAACUGAUCAGAAGAACAGUAACCUACUUGUCCAAGGAGACCUGCUGGUUUGUGAAUGGCCGGAAACUUCUCAGGACUCUGUGUUUAACGAGUCACCAAGUAAUUCUGAGACCGGUCGUUCAUUAUGGUCGGAUAUGGAAAGAAUUAUGUCUGAGACUAAGGAAGAGGGCAAUCAUCCACAUACGAUAACCCUCGACGAUUGCUUAAAUGAGUUUGAGAAAACCGAGCAGCUUGGCGAGGAGGAUCCUUGGUACUGUCCUACCUGCAAAGAUUUCCGGAGAGCAUCUAAAGAGAUGAGAAUAUGGAAAUCUCCUGAAAUUCUUAUCUUCCACUUAAAGCGCUUUAGCAGUGAGAGAAGGUUCCGGGAUAAGAUUGAUGAAUUGGUUGAGUUUCCUAUUGAAAGCUUCGACUUAUCUAAUCGUACGGAAUCCCAAAAAUUCAAUAAUGUUGAUGAUCGUGAAAAGUGCCUGUAUGAGCUGUGUGCUGUUGAUAAUCACUAUGGUGGUUUAGGCGGUGGGCACUACACAUCUUUCGCUCGUAACCCUGAUGACAAUCAAUUUUACUGUUAUGAUGAUUCGAGAGUUUCACCAGUGAAACCUGAGGAAACUAUAACGUCUGCUGCCUAUUUAUUAUUUUAUCGAAGAAAGUCAGCAUAA